GCGCACGGCCCGGCGGCGGCAGCCUGGCGGGGUGCAGCGGCCGCGAUGUGGGCUGGCCGCGUCCUCCGCGCCGCGCUCCCCGGAGCCCCCCGCGGCCGCCGCGCCCAGUCGGCGCUGGCCCAGCUGCGUGGCAUCCUGGAGGGGGAGCUGGAGGGGAUCCGCGGGGCCGGCACCUGGAAGAGCGAGCGGAUCAUCACGUCCCGGCAGGGGCCGCGCAUCCACGUGGACGGCGUGUCGGGAGGAAUCCUUAACUUCUGUGCCAACAACUACCUGGGCCUGAGCAGCCACCCCGAGGUGAUCCAGGCAGGUUUGCACACCUUGGAGAAGUUUGGAGCUGGCCUUAGCUCUGUCCGCUUCAUCUGUGGGACCCAGAGCAUCCACAAGGAUCUAGAAAAAAAGAUAGCCCGCUUCCACCAGCGGGAGGAUGCCAUCCUCUACCCCAGCUGUUUUGAUGCCAAUGCUGGCCUCUUCGAGGCCCUGCUGACCCCCGAGGACGCAGUCCUGUCGGAUGAGCUGAACCACGCCUCCAUCAUCGAUGGCAUCCGCCUGUGCAAGGCCCACAAAUACCGCUACCGCCACCUGGAUAUGGCCCAUUUGGAGGCCCAGCUGCAGGAGGCCCAGAAGCAUCGGCUGCGGCUAGUGGCCACUGAUGGGGCCUUUUCCAUGGACGGUGACAUCGCGCCGCUGCGGGAGAUCUGCCACCUCGCCUCUCGAUACGGUGCCCUGGUCUUUGUGGACGAAUGCCACGCCACCGGCUUCCUGGGGGCCACGGGACGGGGCACGGAUGAGCUGCUGGGCGUGAUGGACCAGGUCACCAUCAUCAACUCCACGCUGGGGAAGGCACUGGGCGGAGCAUCAGGGGGCUACACGACGGGGCCUGGGCCCCUGGUGUCCCUGCUGCGACAGCGUGCCCGGCCCUACCUCUUCUCCAACAGCCUGCCACCUGCUGUCGUUGGCUGUGCCUCCAAGGCCCUGGACCUGCUCAUGGAGAGCAAUGCCAUCGUCCAGUCUAUGGCGGCCAAGACCCAGCGGUUCCGCAGUAAGAUGGAGGCUGCCGGCUUCACCAUCUCAGGAAACAGUCACCCCAUCUGCCCUGUGAUGCUGGGUGAUGCCCGGCUGGCCUCGCGCAUGGCAGACGACAUGCUAAAGAAAGGCAUCUUUGUCAUCGGGUUCAGCUACCCUGUGGUCCCCAAGGGCAAGGCCCGGAUCCGGGUGCAGAUCUCAGCAGUGCACAGCGAGGAAGACAUCGACCGCUGCGUGGAGGCCUUCGUGGAGGUGGGGCGGCUGCACGGGGCACUGCCCUGAGGCCAGGUGCUGCCAAGCAACAAAGGGGGCCGCCUUCAAUCAGCCAGGCCAGGGGCUCUGAGCCCUCAGUCCUGGCUGGGGUGAGGCUAUGCUGGGGCCUGAGUGUGACGCAACAGUGUGGAAAUUGACCUUGACACCUCGUGUGCAUUAUUCUCUCCGAGCAGGCCCCGUCCUGCGGUGGGUUGCAGAAUCAGGUGGCAGCCAGAGCCCUGUGGCUUCUGAGGGUGUAGGUGUCAGGGCUGACCCCUCACCUCCCCCGUGUCACGGUGAAACUCGGGCAACUAGGGUGAGAUAGGCAGACUCACCACUUGGCUCAGUUGGCUGCUCUGAGCUGCCAGAGGGUAGGUGAGCACAGCCUUGCAGGUCCUCGCCACGCCACCUACCCCUUGCUCUGCAGCUGCCUGUGGCCUAGCCCCCUGCUCCCCAUCCACAGGGUGUCCAGCCGCUUCCCAGAUAAGGGGGCAGGAGCCCAAGUCCAGGUCUGGGAGGAGAGGCAGAAGAGUUAAACCCCAAAGCAGAGCAGAGAGGCUGCUGACAGUUGGGGAUCCUGUGUUCUAGACACACGGGCCCUGACUUGAGCAGGCCCCACCUCCUAAGUGCGCCUCGGGUUCCCUGCGGGAGCAGGCGUCUGUCCUUGUGGCCACGAGUUUCUUAACUAGGCCUGAAGUGUGUCAUUAGGCGAUUGUGUCGUGCAGAUGUCAUAAAGGGUAGCACACGGGGUGGUAUGGCCUUCUGCACACCUCGCGUAGAGGGGGUAGUCUAUUGGGGUCACCCUCUUCUAUGCGGUCUGUCGUCACCCAAGCCUUGUGCAGGGGACGCAAGACUAUCUGGGGUCCUCCGUCUGCUCACCC